AUGUCUUGUUGUUUGUCAAUUUGUAAUUUGUGUCAUUUCGUAAAUUAAAUCUUCUUCAGAACUUACAAAUAAAGUCAAUAUUAUUUUAAGUUACACUUUUUACUUAAUAUGAAUAAAAACUUAGUGGAAUAAUAGGUGAUGUCGCAAAUUUUGUGUAAUAAAAACAUCCAGUGUGGACAUAGAUAGCCAAGUGAGCAUUGAUGUUUGUUGAUAAGGAAAGUUCUUUGUGAUUCUAAAAACUUUUUGCACUUAUAAAUUUCUCAAAAUGACUACCAUCAACUCGAAAGUUUCCAAACUAUUAGAGAUGUUUAAAGGGCUGAAGUCGGACGCAGUUCCAAGAGCCCCUAGGACUAGUGAAGGUCGUACACCAGAAGCUCACAAUACGAAUGCUCAGCAUCCAGAAGAACAAGAAGAAGAAAUAGUUAUAGAGUCUGUGACUGACGAUGACAUCAAAAAAGAUAAGAAAUCAAAAAAAGAAAAGAAAAAGAAAACUAAGAAAACUGUUGAUGAUGAUGAUGAAGACUAUUCAAAGUCUUCUCAAGAAAAACGCGGCAGUUCAAGCUCCGUAAACGUUCAAGCAACGGGAAAUGUAUACAACAUAGUAAAUGCAAAAGGUGUUAGGCUGGGAAAUGAUUACUACUUCGGCCCGGUCACUAUGUCGGGCAAUAAACAAUCAGGUAAAGAGAAGAAGUAUGAAGAGGAAGAAAUUGAGAAGGAUAACUUUAUCAGGCUGCUUAUGGAAGCUGGGAUAAAGCCUGACCAUGACUACAUGGACUAUAUAUCAAAGAAUCUUGGGAAGAACUGGCACACAGUCUACAGAGCCCUCGGCUUCACUCAAGGAAGAAUUGAAACUGCUGAAAUCAAUGCCGCUGGAUAUGAUAUAUCUGAGGCCCGCUACAAACUAUUGAUAGACUGGGUGAACAAUGACGACGAUGGAACUCUGGGCCGGCUGGCUAGUCUGCUGUGGGAGGAGGGAGAGAGGAGCCUCGUCAGAGACCUAUCCGUUAUGUACAAGAAAAGUAAAAAGUAAACAUUUUAGUGAAAUGUGAAGAAAUAGGGGUAUGUUAGAAUCUAUUUUUUUUCUUUCAGAUUUUUAAAUUCAGAAACUUAAUUUUAACUGAACAAAAUAUCAACUUCAUAUGCACACGUGCAUUACUACGCCGUGAAAAAUAGUCACUAUCAAUUUUGAAAUGAGACAGCAUAUUUUUUUUAUACCUGUAAUGAGUAGCAACACAAACCAGCCAAAUAGUAUGAAAUAGAUAAACUCUUUUGUUUAUUUAAUAGACAAGUCUGCAAAAACGUAUUCUUGGACUGUGUAGCAGAAUAUGACUCAUUAUAAGCUCUUAACACUGAUACAAAAUACCAGUAAAUUUUUAAAAAGGUUUAACGGCUUUUUUUAGUUAAUUACUCAUUCUUACAAUGUUUUUUGUUAGGUCUAACUUACUCCUACUUCCCCUUUGUAGGACAUUUUUUAUUAAAACAUGUGCUAAAAUCUUUAAAAGCGAUAGAAAUUGACUUUUUGAAAUGAAUGUAUGUAAUUGGUGAUUGGUUUGAGAUGUAAGUCUAUUAUAUUUGUAAUGAGAUUUUUGAUCAUUCCUUGAUGAUGAGAUUUUUUAAAGGGUAAGCAAAAGUGUGACUUUUUGUAUGUCUUUGUGGGUUGAAGUGCAAUGUUAUGACUUAAGAACAAGAGUGAGGAAAACAGAUGCUAUCUGAUGUGGAAAACUAGUACAUCACAAUGUGUAUGAGCCUAAUGUAAUGUCGGCCUCUGUCAGCAUCACGAUUGAAUUGGUUAUUGAAAGUUUAUGACCACAUAACGUCAAUACUUAUUGAUCAAGAUUACUGUUGACGGUAGGAAAAAAUGAUCGUGUAUGGUCGAUAUAAGGUGACAAGUGCAUCUCACUAUUCGUAAACUGUAUACAUUUUUAAAACCAUUUAAAAUAAAGCUUUACGUAUUUGAGUCGAUAAAUAUUUUGUGAGCACUUACCUUACAUUAGCUUAUUAGGAUAGACAAAGAAGGGGUUUUUACAUAGUGGCCCAACUGUGUGAUAUUUAUAUCUGCUAAUUUUGUAUCUAAUCUAGCUAGAUAUAAUAUGCAUUUGAUGCAUUUCAGUGAUUCCAUGUGAAAUGAACAAAAUACGCCUAAUAAAAGUGCCUACUUUCAUAAUAUUUACAAUGUUACAAUAUUUAUCUAUAAAAAUUGAGAAAUUAAAAUAUGAAAUUGUCUUUGAUCUAGUCACAGAAUUUGUAUAAUCUGUACAUAUUUAAGUACCAUAAACUUGUGACGUCACUUUACAUAUCAAAACAUAUUUGUGUACAUUUUGUAAUGCAAUAUACAAUAUUGAAUUAUA